UCAUCACAAAGCUUCAUUAUAAUUAAACAACUAUAUAGACAAAGAACUAUCCGGUAUUCCAUAGCUCAUCAAUGGCGGCCAAGGACAGAUUCAUAUUUGAAGAGUUCACACCUCUUGCUGGUUGGACCCAGGACUUGAAUUGCCACUAUCUACUAGUUCAUCUUCCUGAUUUCAUGGAGGACGAGGUGAAGCUUAAACACGUGAGCCGUGGUCAUUUUAUGGUCAGUGGAGAGAGGCAAAAGUCCGAAAACAGAUUUAUUCACUUUGAGCAGACAUUUGCAUUGCCGGAAAAUGCAGACUUUGAGCAAAACUCUUGGGUCUUUGACAAAGAGAUUCUGCUUGUGACUAUCCCGAAGGCGAUAAAAGAUGGUGAAGUAGAAGCAGAAUACUGGAAUUUUAACGAAGAAAUCGAACAUGAGGCUGGUCUGCUGCAAAGUGUGAUAGAGAAGUUGAGGAAGAAGAACAAAGGGAUGGUUAUAAUGACUCUGAUAGCAUUUUCAUUAGCGGUGUUGGUGGCCAAUAAGUUCCGAUCAAACGGAAACUGAGAGAGCUCUUCAACCAGCUGUGACAUUAUAUAGGUCACUCAAGUCUCGUGGGUUUGGUUCAAUUUGUAACAAAUAAUCACAAAUGUGUUUGCUUGUAUUUGUAAUAUAUGGAAUAUGCAUGCACAAGAGUAUUUUUGUGCACAGAAACAGUACUUACAUGCACAAAAAGUGAUACAUGAAAGUAGUAAGAA